AAAAGGAAAUAAAUACACACCACUGAAAAAAAUGUCUUGUUAUAGGAAGCUCAAGGUUUUCAUGCUGUGCUACCUUGGUAUUAUUAUGGCUCCAGUUGAUGCUUUAGUUCAUCAUAAGUUUGAAGUGAGAAGAUCUUCACACACAAGGCUAUGCACCACCAAAAGCAUGCUAACAGUAAACGGGCAGUUCCCAGGGCCAACUAUAUAUGCUCGAAGGGGAGAAUUGGUAGUAGUCGAUGUUAUUAAUCGUGCCGAUGCAAAUAUUACUAUCCAUUGGCAUGGAGUAAAAAUGCCGAGAUAUCCAUGGACAGAUGGCGUCGACUCUGUCACGCAGUGUCCUAUUACUCCCGGCAAAAGCUUUCGACAACGAAUUCUGCUCUCCGACGAAGAAGGCACUUUGUUUUGGCACGCCCACAUCGAUUGGACUCGAGCUACUGUGCAUGGCGCCAUCAUCAUUCUACCGCCCAAGACACACACUUAUCCUUUCCCUAAGCCUCAUGCUGAAUUUCCCAUCUUACUAGGAGAGUGGUGGAAUGAUGAUGUGCAACAAGUUUACGAGGAUUUUAUAGCCCGAGGACAAAGUGCCCAAUUGUCUGAUGCUUUCCUCAUGAAUGGUCAACCUGGCGACCAGUAUCCAUGCUCAAAACAAGAUACAUUGAAGUUGAGUGUGGAGCCGGGCAAGACUUACCUGAUCAGAAUGAUUAACGCAAUGAUGAACUUCAUUAUGUACUUGAAAAUCAAGGACCACAACGUGACGGUGGUGGGCAUGGACGGCGCCUACACGAAGCCGCUGAACACCGAUCACAUCGCGAUCGCCCCCGGCCAGACCAUAGAUUUCCUUCUGGAAGCCAACCAGCCGCCCAGCCGUUAUUACAUGGCCGGCAGAAUAUACUCCGGCCGCGUGGGGACUAAUACCACAGGAAUCGUGGAGUACGUCGGUAACUACACCUGGCCCCGGCCUUCAUCACCGGUGCUUCCAUCUUUCCCUGAGUUCGACGAUGGGGUGGCCAAGUCCACCCAUUUCAGCAACAGGCUCAGAAGCCUCGCCGACGACAACUACCCCAUCAAAGUUCCUAUGAACAUCACCCACAACAUGUUCGUCACUCUCUCCAUCAAUACGUGGCCCUGUCUCACAAAUUCUUGCGUGUUCGACUACAGGCUGGUGGGCAGCAUGAACAACGUGACCAUGUUGUUGCCGAAAACCCAAAAUAUUCUUGAGGCCUAUUACAAAGGGAUCAGAGGAGUUUUCACGCCCGAUUUCCCAGCGAUGACACCAAUAAUAUUCGACUUCACGCAAGGUUAUAAGCCGGGGAAUUUUGCGCCCGCCCAAUCCGGAACGGCUGUGUACAUGUUGGACUACAACUCGGAAGUCGAGAUGGUGCUUCAAGGCACCAACUAUGGGACUGGCGAUGGAAUCGAUCAUCCCAUGCAUUUACAUGGACACAGCUUCUACGUUGUCGGAUCUGGAUACGGGAACUUCCACCCGAACACGGAUCCGCCAAACUUUAAUCUCAUUGACCCGCCGUUGGUGAACACGGUUGCCGUUCCAAGAAGUGGAUGGAGCGCUAUCAGAUUUAAGGCUAACAAUCCAGGAGUGUGGUUCAUGCACUGUCAUUUCGAGCGUCAUCACAGUUGGGGAAUGAAGAUGGCGUUCAUCGUCAAGGACGGGGAAGCCCCCAAUGAGAAGAUGUUGCCUCCGCCCCCAGAUAUGCCCCGCUGUGAAGCGCCCCCUGCAGCCUCAACAAUUUAGGAUUAAUUAAUUAUAUCAAUCCGCACGUGGUGUAAAAUAAUUGAGUCUUACCUACACAAGGCUCACCAUGAUUCAUAAGAAAACCAGCAUGGGUUUCUUUUAUUUAAACUAGUGUUAUUUCUUCUAGUCCUUCCUUCUGUACACCAUCAAUGUUUCUUUAAUUUUGUCAUUUUAGUAUGUUCCCUUUCAUUUUUAAACAUUACCCCAUAACACAAUUUACUAUAGUGGGACUCAUACUUCAGUCAUGCACCACACAAUAUGUGAUUUUUUAUAUAAAAAAUUGGAUAAUUCAUAUGUAUUUUAUGCAAA